UUAACCAAAUUCAGUGCUAUGACCGCGCCGCGAGCAAAAUGGUUAUGGAGAAAUUAAUUCUCACCUCGUUGUUGUUUUCUUUCGGUUUUUGUCAAUUCGAUCCGCAUUUCUUUGGCAAUCGGAGCGCCUUCGUCCACCUGUUCGAGUGGAAGUGGCUGGACGUUGCCGAUGAAUGCGAGAGGUUCUUGCAACACAAAGGAUACGGCGGAGUGCAGAUAUCUCCGCCCAAUGAAAACUUGGUAAUUGAAAAUAGACCAUGGUGGGAAAGAUACCAACCAGUCAGUUACAUAUUAAAGACACGAUCUGGUGACGAAGACGACUUCAAAGCAAUGACCAGGCGUUGCAAUAACGUUGGAGUAAGAAUCUAUGUAGAUGCUGUUAUAAACCAUAUGAGCGCAUCGGAUGGCACCGGCACUGCAGGAAGUAAAGCCGACUACAAGAAUAAAAUAUUCCCAGCAGUACCAUAUAGCAAAAGUGAUUUCCACGACAAUUGUGCGGUGAGCAAUUACCAAGACAUAGGAAACGUGAGAAAUUGCCAGUUGGUCGGUUUAAGCGACUUGGACCAUAGUAAAGAAUACGUCAGGCAGAAAAUAUCCGAGUAUAUGAACCACCUUAUAGAUCUAGGAGUGGCAGGCUUUAGGGUCGAUGCAGCGAAACAUAUGUGGCCUGAAGAUUUGAAGAAGAUCGUUUCCAAACUUAAAAAUUUAAACACCAAGUAUGGAUUCGCGGCGAAUUCUAAGCCUUUCGUUUUUCAAGAAGUUAUAGAUCUUGGUAACGAAAGAGUGAUCCCAGACUACGUCGAGAUAGGAGCCGUGACGGAAUUCAAGUACAGCAACUCCAUCUCCAACGUUUUCCAAGGAAACGACAAACUCACCUACCUCGACAGCUGGGGCCCCACAUGGGACUUUCUGUCAAAUGGCGUCGCUGUGGUGUUCGUGGACAACCACGACACCCAGAGGGAGGAAGGAAAAUUGACGUACAAAAAAUCGAAACAGUACAAAAUGGCCAACGCAUUCAUGUUGGCGCAUCCAUACGGUGUUCCCAAAGUUAUGUCUAGCUUCGACUUCAACGAAAGGAACCAGGGACCACCUCAGGACGGUUCUGGCAACUUGGUUUCACCGCAAAUAAACACGGAUGCGACGUGUGGCAACGGCUACAUCUGCGAGCACCGCUGGAGACAGAUCUACAACCUGGUGGAGUUCAGGAUGGUAGCGAAAGGCACCCCAGUGACCAACUGGUGGUCGAAUGGCGACCAACAGAUCGCUUUCUGUCGAGGGAAUAGAGGUUUUGUGGCUUUCACCAAUUGGGGAGAUUUGAAACAGCGUUUACAGACGUGUGUGUCUCCUGGAACGUAUUGCGAUGUCAUUUCUGGUGGUGUUAGGGAUGGGAGUUGUACUGGAAAAAGUAUAGUGGUAGAUGGUGAUGGAAUGGCUAAUAUUUCUUUAGAAAGUAACGAAUACGAUGGAGUUCUUGCUAUUCAUAUAAAUUCAAAAUUGUAAUAAACAUUGUGAAUAAUGAUGUGGGAAUUAAAAAUUAAUAAAGUUUUUUAUACUUUUAA